AUGAGAACACCAUUAGCCUUAACCGGCAACCAUCAUCAAGAUGGUCAAGCCGACCUCAAACUCUCCCUCCAACAACCGCAACCGCCACCACAACGCGUUGUGGCGCUUCGUCACAACCGUAGGAACCCAAGACAAGUCCUACCACAAGGAAAAUCUCCAACUAUCCCACCACCAUUCCCAUGGGCAACAAACCACCGAGCCAUUGUUCACAGCCUCAAACACCUAGCGGAUUCGGGUAUCAACGUCAUAUCAGGCGACGUUCAAUGCAAGCGUUGCAACCGACAAUAUCAAAUCGAGCAUGAUGUUAAAGCUAAGUUUUUGGAAAUCUCAUGCUAUGUGAAGGAGAAUAAAUAUAAGUUGAAAGAUAGAGCUCCACAAUCAUGGUUGUACCCUACUUUGCCAAAUUGCAAAUAUUGUGCUCAAGAAAAUUGUGUGAAGCCCAUAAUGGCACAAAAUAAGAAGUCAAUAAAUUGGUUGUUUUUGCUUUUGGGACAGAUGCUUGGAUGUUGUACUUUGGCACAACUCAAGUAUUUUUGUAAGCAUACUAGGAAUCAUCGGACCGGAGCCAAGGACCGGGUUCUUUUCUUGACCUAUUUAGGGUUGUGCAAGCAACUCGAACCAAAUGGACCGUUUGAUCGUUUGUGACAGAUUGAUUAGAUCGUUUAGGUUUAAUGGGUCGUGUU